GUCAGCAUUUUCUAUUUCCUCAUUGUGGGGUUUCAUUGGUCCAUUACUUCACGCGCACUCGAAGUGACGUAAAUACUAUCAUCCUAUCGGGAGGGGAAGUGAGGCUUUAAUCUUACAACAGUCUCUCAGCGCGAGCGCAGGACUGAGAGGGGAAUCGUACUGAGAACAAAGUCUCUGAUGAAAUGGGUUUCUACUAAAGAAAUGACUCUAAAGACUUAUAACAGCUGAGGACUCUGAUAGCGCGCGUGCAUGGGAGACAACCGUGAAAAGUUGACCCUGAUUCUCUGAGGCGGAGAUUUAUCAUCACCAUCAUCUAAACAUCAACAUCAUUAGGCUAUUGCAUCAUUAUUUAUUAUUAUUAUUAUUAUUAUUAUUAUUAUUAUUAUUAUUAUUAAUCUCCGAAGAUGAGGCGUCCUUCCGUUUUGCUCAUGUGCGUCUUUACCAUCACGUGCGUAAAAGCAGUGCACGAGCAGGAGGACAAGGAGAGGCGCUUUUUGUGCACCGUGAUCCCCGUUGAUAAAGACCCGAGCUGUCCCGUCCAGGUGGAGUUUGCUCAGAGUGUUCAGGGUGAAGGUUUGAGGAAGACGGUGAUGCAGCUCCGAGAGACUGUUCUCCAACAACAAGAGACUAUAACCCAGCAACUGGGUGCCAUCAAAGAGCUCACAUCCAAACUGUCCCAGUGUGAGAGCACCUCGGAAGAGCCUUCAUCCUGGAGGAACGGUAAAGACACGAUGGACGAUGUCCCGAGAGAUCCAAACGAAACUCUGGACGCGCUGGGUAAGACCAUGCAGAGUCUGAAGGACAGGCUUCAAAACCUGGAGCAACAGCAGAUGCGAGCUAGCCUUUCUGGAGCUCCAUUUCCCAGUGAGCUGCGAGAGCUGCUGCAACGUAGGCUGGGCGAUCUAGAGAGCCAGCUCCUGAGCAAAGUCAAUGAGCUGGAGGAAGAGAAGUCACAGCUGUACAACGAGACAUCUGUUCAUCGCCAGCGAACAGAAGACACCAUUAACACCCUCAUUAACAGAAUCUCUGACCUGGAGAAAGCAGGUACAGAAUUCAAGUCCCCUGAGGAUUUUAAACUCUCCCUACCCCUGCGCACAAACUACCUUUUUGGCCGAGUGAAAAAGAGCCUGCCAGAAAUGUAUGCCUUUACCGUGUGCAUGUGGCUCAAGUCCAGUGCCAGCCCUGGCAUUGGGACCCCUUUUUCUUAUGGUGUCCCCGGGCAAGCAAACGAGAUUGUGCUGAUUGAAUGGGGCAACAAUCCAAUCGAGCUACUCAUCAAUGACAAGGUGGCACAGUUACCUCUGUCUCUGAAUGAUGGACGAUGGCACCACAUCUGCAUUACCUGGACUACCAGAGAUGGUUUGUGGGAGGCCUAUCAGGAUGGCCAGAAACUGGGAUCAGGGGAGAACCUGGCCCCAUGGCACCCCAUCAAACCUGAUGGAGUCCUCAUUCUGGGCCAGGAACAGGACAUGGUCGGGGGCCGAUUUGAUGCCACGCAGGCCUUUGUUGGGGAACUGAGUCACUUCAACAUGUGGGACCGGGUUCUCCGAUCUGUAGACAUCAGCGCCAUGGCCAACUGCUCCUCCUACAUACCUGGGAAUGUGGUGGCCUGGGCUGACAACAACAUUGAGGUGUUUGGCGGUGCCUCAAAAGGGUCACUUGAGUUAUGUGAAGACAGGAUUUUUAUCAAUUAAAGACUUAUAUAAAUUCAAACUGAGUCCCAAAUACUUCUCCUUGUGUUUUGUGAUUCUGUUUCAUAAUGCAGUAUGUAUUUUUAAAAUAAUGUUUGUAUUUUAUGUUACAGAAUAUGUGUGUGUGCUUUGGUAGGCGUAAUAUUAAAACAGUGUCAUUUAAAAGGGGUUCACUAAUGAUCAGUGUGGACAGUGUGGUUUACUAACAGAUCUGUAUUAAGAAAAUCCUUUUUUUAAUGGAUCUGGAGAAGAUAUCCAGGGAGGGGAAGAUUUAACUAUAGUAACUGUAAUGUAGUUUUAUUUGCUUUUGUUUUUUUUAGGACUUUUUAUUAUUAUUAUUAUUAUUAUUAUUAUUAUUAU